UUCAUUAAAAUGAUGCAACUGUUUGAUAAAGGAUUCCAGAUUGAAGGCUCCAUUUGGGGACAGCUCUACAAUGCAUUUCCUGUCCUGAUGAGACGUUUACCAGGUCCACAUCAGAGUGUCGGGCAGAUGUGGAAUGAAGUGAAGGAUUUCAUACGAGUAGAGCUAAAUGAGCACAAGAAGACCUGGGAUCCCUCAGAAACACGUGACUACAUUGAUUGUUACCUCAGUGAGAUUCAAAUGAAUAAGGGGCAGGACGACAACACUUUUGAUGAGGAAAAUCUGGUUAUUUGUGUUUUGGAUCUUUUUGUGGCUGGAUCUGAAACCACAUCCACCACCCUGCGCUGGGCUUUCCUCUACAUGGCAAAAUAUCCUGAGAUUCAGGCCCUUAAAUAG